AUGGCGUGUUUGUCUUGCAGCAAGCGGGUGCUGUGCCCGGACGGAGGAGGCCGCCCUGUGAGCUGCGUCGGAAGGAGGCCGGCCCCUUGCUGGCGCAGGGUCAGGCGGCUGCCCGGGACCCUGGCCCGGGGAAGGCUGCCCCCACACUUCAUCCGCUUGUCCUCCAGCGGACCGGCUCGUCUCCUCGGCGGCGCGGCGCUGCGCGGGGUUCGGAGCUGGCUCCCCCCAGAGGGAAAGCCCUCGGCCGCCGCCCGGGCCCCGCUCGCCGCCCGCGUGGCAUGGUGCGCGCUCGCCACGGGGCACGGGGAGCCGCCGCGCGGAAGGCCGGCGACCAUGGCAGCGCGCCCCCCGCCCGCGCCCCCCGCGCGCGCCCUGCUGCUCGCCCUGGCCGGGGCCCUGCUGGCGCCCCGCGCCGCCCGAGGCCUCACCGUGGGACGCACCGUCGCACCUGCUGUGCCACCGGCCGGGACGGAGGACGGGGCCGGAGCCUAUGAGGUCGUCAGCGCCGCGCUCUGGGACGGAGACUCCUGGAACCCGGGGCGCAGCGCCCGCGGCAAGAAUCACCCGGAAGUGCUGACGCUUCGGAUACAACUGCAGAGCGAGGAGCUGAUCGUAAAUCUGGAGCGAAACGAAGGCCUGCUUGCCCGCGGUUUCACGGAAACCCACUACCUGCCGGACGGCACGGAGGUGUCCCUCGCUCGCAACCACACGGGUCACUGUUACUACCACGGGCACGUGCGGGGACACCCCGGCUCCACCGCCAGCCUCAGCACCUGCGCGGGCCUCAGGGGGCUUAUCACGUUUCAAAACAAAAGCUACGUCCUAGAGCCGAUGGGCAACGUCACCGACAGAUACAAGCUCUUCGCGGCCGAGGCCCUGAGGGGCGUCUGGGGGUCGUGCGGAUCGCAUCACAGCGCCUCGGGCCCCGCUGCAGGCGGCGGGCGCCCACCGCCCUCCCGGACACGGCGUAAGAGGGAGACCCUGCCGAUGACCAAGUACGUGGAGCUGGUGAUCGUCGCCGACAACCGCGAGUUUCAGAGGCAGGGAAAAGACCUGGAGAAGGUGAAGCAGCGGCUGAUAGAGAUCGCGAACCACGUGGACAAGUUUUACAGGCCGCUGAACAUCCGCGUCGUGCUGGUGGGCGUGGAGGUGUGGAGUGACAUCGACAAGUGCCCCAUCGGCCAGGACCCCUUCGCCAGCCUGCACGAGUUUCUGGACUGGAGGAAGGUGAAGCUGCUGCCUCGCAAGUCCCACGACAACGCGCAGCUUGUCAGUGGGGUUUAUUUCCAAGGGACCACCAUCGGCAUGGCGCCCAUCAUGAGCAUGUGCACGGCGGAGCAGUCCGGGGGCAUCGUCAUGGACCACUCGGACAGCCCCCUGGGCGCGGCCGUGACGCUGGCGCACGAGCUGGGCCACAACUUCGGGAUGAACCACGACACCCUGGAGCGCGGCUGCAGCUGCCGGACGGCCCCGGACAAGGGGGGCUGCAUCAUGAACCCCUCGACCGGGCUCCCGUUCCCCGCGGUGUUCAGCAGCUGCAGCCGCAGGGACCUGGAGGCCAGCCUGCAGAAGGGCGUGGGGAUGUGCCUCUUCAACCUGCCCGAGGUCCGGCCGGCCUUCGGGGGCCGCAAGUGCGGGGACGGCUACGUGGAGGAAGGCGAGGAGUGCGACUGCGGGGAGCCCGAGGAAUGCACCAACCGCUGCUGCAACGCCUCCACCUGCACCCUGACGCCGGGCGCUGUCUGCGCACACGGGCUCUGCUGCGAGCACUGCCAGCUGAAGCCGGCGGGCACGGCCUGCAGGGGCGCCAGCAACGCCUGCGACCUCCCGGAGUUCUGCUCGGGGGCCAGCCCGCACUGCCCGGCCAACGUGUACCUCCACGACGGGCACCCGUGCCAGGGCGUGGACGGCUACUGCUACAACGGCGUCUGCCAGACCCACGAGCAGCAGUGCGUCACGCUCUGGGGACCAGGCGCGAAGCCCGCCCCUGGCAUCUGCUUUGAGAGGGUCAACUCCGCCGGCGACCCCUACGGCAACUGCGGCAAAGACUCCAAGAGCUCCUUCGCCAAAUGCGAGCUGAGAGAUGCCAAGUGCGGGAAAAUCCAGUGCCAAGGAGGCGCCAGCCGGCCAGUCAUCGGCACCAACGCGGUUUCCAUAGAAACGAACAUCCCCCUGCAGGAAGGGGGCCGGAUCCUGUGCCGCGGGACCCACGUGUACCUGGGCGACGACAUGCCGGACCCGGGGCUGGUGCUGGCCGGCACCAAGUGCGCAGACGGAAAAAUUUGCCUCAAUCGCCGGUGUCAGAACAUCAGCGUGUUUGGUGUCCACGAGUGUGCCAGGCAGUGCCACGGCAGAGGGGUGUGCAACAACAGGAAGAACUGCCACUGCGAGGCCCACUGGGCGCCCCCCUUCUGCGACAGGCCCGGCUUUGGAGGCAGCACGGACAGCGGCCCCGUCCGGCAAGCAGGUCACCGAGGCCUCACCGCCGGCGUCCUGGCCAGCGUCCUGUGUCUCCUCGCCGCCGGGCUCGCGGUUUAUCUCAAAAGGAAGACGCUGGUCCGGCUGCUGUUUACCGACAAGAAGACCCUGGAGAAGCUAAGGUGCGUGCGCCCCGCCCGGCCCCCCGGCGGCUGCCAGCCCGGCCAGGCUCCCCUGGCGCCCCUCAGCAAAGGCGUGAUGAGGAAGCCGGCACCGUCCAGCUCAGCCACGGACCAUCCCAAGAGGCCGCCGCAGUGUCAGAACGUUGCCAUCAGCAGGCCCCUCCAGGCCCUGGACCGGCCCCGGCCCCCUUCCCCGCAGCGCGUGCUCCCGCCCCUCCACCAGGCGCCCCGCACGCCCAGCGUCCCCGCCAGACCCCUGCCGGCCACCCCUGCGCUCAGGCAGGCCCAGGGGACCCGGAAGCCCAGCGCCCCGCAGAAGCCCCUGCCCGCAGUGCCUCUGAGCAAGACGGCCCGGCUCACCCAUGCCGCCGCCAGCGCCCCGGGCCCGGAGUUGGGGCUCCGCCUGGCACCCCUCAGACCGGCUCCCAGGCGCCCGCCCCCCGCGCCCCGGCCCGCCCACACCGCCCCCUCCCAGUGA